CAAACAUAAAUAAUUACCAUACCGAUAAUGUUGACGUGCAAUAGGUCUGAACUAACAACUGUAGUUCAGAGUUUUGUUUCAGUAUUUAGUUCUUUCUUUUUUUUUUUUUCUUGUCGAAUCUAACAGAACAUUAUGGCAACUACUAGCAGCGAAUCGGAUUCAUCCCGGAAAAACACAGACAACAAAGAGAAUGAAAGCAAAGAUGAACAAAAUAACAUGUUUGAAUGUAACAUAUGCUUGGAUAAUGCCAAGGACGCAGUUGUCAGUGUUUGUGGCCAUUUAUUUUGCUGGCCAUGCUUGCAUCAAUGGUUAGAAACUCGAUCUAGUCGUCAAGUAUGUCCAGUAUGUAAAGCUGUGAUUAGCAAAGAUAAAGUCAUACCAAUUUAUGGACGUGGAAAUACCAAACAAGAAGAUCCCAGAAAUAAAGUACCUCCCAGACCUGCUGGUCAGAGAACUGAACCUGAUGCUAAUACUGGUUUCCCUGGUUUUAAUUUUGGAGAUGGUGGUUUUCAUUUGUCUUUUGGAAUAGGAGCAUUUCCCUUUGGAUUUUUAACAUCCUUUAAUUUUUCUGAUCGUCCUCAUGGAGUUCCGGUUGGUGGACAACUACAGCAAGAUGAUCAUUACUUAUCAAAACUAUUUUUAUGGAUUGCAGUAAUAUUUAUUGUUUGGCUGCUGUUGGCAUGAUUUACUUGCACAUAAUGAAAUAUUUUAACUGGUGUCGUCAUGAAUUUACUUGAAUCAAGCAAUUUUAUAAAUAGUGUUUUUUUUUUUAAAUUAAGAGCAAAUAAUAUCAA